AUGGCACCGCCCCGAAAUGAAGUUAAGAAACUAUUUGAAUUGAGAUUAAAGUAUAAGAAGGAAGAAAACCCGCUACAAGAAAAUAUUAAAUUAAUUUUGAACAGUAUUUAUGGAAAAACUAUUUUGUCCCCGAUAGAGUCGAAAAUUAAAAUCAUUGAUGAUAAAGAUGCUGUAAGAUAUGCCAUCAGAAAUUAUAACCAUAUUAUUAAAUUUGAAUGUUUAGAUGGUUCGGAUAAAACUAUUUUCAAACUCACUAAAAGCAUUUGCAGACACUUUAACUUUUGCCCCUUAGGUGUUAAUAUCUUAUCUAUGUCGAAACGUAUCAUGAAUGAAGUAUUUUGCACGAUUGAAGACUUAGGAUUAAAAGCAUUUUACCAGGACUGUGAUAGCAUGCAUAUCUUCAAUGAAGACAUACCAAAGCUUGCAGCAGAAUUUGAGAAACGCUAUGGAAAAGUUCUUAUUGAAAAGAAUCUGGGUCAGUUUCAUUCAGAUUUUGCCGAAAUCACUAAGAAUCAUCAAAGUUUAGCUUAUAAGUCGAUAUUUUGUGGAAAGAAGACUUAUGUAGAUUUAUUAACAAAUGAUUUAAAUGAAGUUGCUUUUCAUGCCAGAAUGAAAGGCGUCAAACAAGAUGUUAUUUCUAUUACUGCGAAUGAAAUGUUUCCUAAUGCAGUACAAUGUUAUUACGAUGAAAACAAAAACAUUCAUUUACCAACUGGAACUUAUGAUAAAGACUCUGAAUUUUCAAUAAUGAAAUUAUAUGAAGCAUUGCAUGAUAGAGAAGAGAUAGCAUUUGAUUUAUGCAAAUCAACCGUACCGUGUUUUGAAAACAAGUUUAACUUCACAAUAAAUACCAAAAAUACUUUCAUCAGGAAAUUAAAGUUUGGAAGUCAUUAA